CGACAAUGUUCCUUAUAAUUACUAUAUUCGGAGACGUGGUGGUGUUUGCUUCAUUUUGUGUCAUUAUUUUAAAAUGUUCUUGAUUCAAUUCGGUGUGUUUUAAGGAUAAAAAACAGCGAGCGGUUGCUGUGUUCUUCAUUUCGUAUAAAUCAUGUGGUCCUAUAUCCAGUAUCGUCGGAUGGGGAGGGACCUCCAACAGGCAUACGAGAGGGACUCCAAGAUUGAAACAUAUCGACAAGCGCGAGAAUCAAACUCCAGGAAUGUCGAAGCGGCUAAACCAGAUUCUCCUCUGGAAACAUUAGGGAGUAAAGAACGUGAUGAUACCCCGACGAAUAAUCACAGCACAGACAAGAUCAUAGUCCGGACUGAUGGUGAUGAUGACCCAAUAGAUCCGAAAAAUUGGCCCUUGAUGGCCCGAUGCAAGAAUAUCGCCAUACUCUCUUUCUUAAUAUUCUCCCAAGGAUGGGCAGGGGCCGCGGAAUCGAUGGCGAAUAAGACUGCCAGCGCAGAGUUCGGCGUUAGCCAGGUUGCCGAAAAUUUAUCAACUGCUAUGUAUCUCUUCGGUGUCGGUUCCGGCGCACUUUUCGCAGGUCCAUUAUCUGAGACCGUAGGUCGCAAUCCAACGUACCUGGUCUCGACGUUUUGCUACUUAUUCUUUGUCCUGGGGUCAGCAUUGACGCCGACGUUUGGAGGUCAAGUCGUAUGCCGCCUCUUCGUUGGCCUCUUCUCUAGCGCGACAUUGAGUAUCAAUGGUUCGAGCGUGCGCGACCAAUUCCGGCCUGUGAAGAGGGCCUUCGCGUUUCCUAUCAUUGCUUGGGCGAAUGUAGCGGCACCGGUAAUAGCGCCUAUAGCAGGCGGUUGGAUUGUGUCAAACCCUAACUUAUCAUGGCGUUGGACAGAAUGGGUGACGCUGAUAAUCUCUGGCCUCGCGUUUCUGGUCUCGUUAUUUUUUCUGCCGGAGACGUAUUUACCACUUCUUCUUGACUGGAAGGCGAAACAUCUACGGCGUCUAACUGGUGACAAUCGAUAUGUCUCUGAACACGCCGAGUCGGCGUCCUUUAUUCGGAAGCUCAGGCAGGUGGGCCCUCUGCCAAUGAAGUUCCUCACCCAGGAGCCCGUUAUUGCUAUACUGGGUGGAUAUUUAAUUUUGCUAUACGUAUUGCUGUUUUCGUUCUUAUCCGGUUUUGACUACAUCUUUAAAGAAACGUAUCAACUUUCUACCGCGCUCACCGGAUCUUGCUUCGCGUCAAUCGCGGCCGGCGCAACGUUUUUCACACUUCUAGCUCCUGGAUUCUACAGCUGGGCGAGAUGGAAGACAGAAUAUGUGCGGGGUGCGCCAAUCGACCCCGAAUUCAGGCUCUGGCCAGCCAUAAUUGCAGCGCCAUUGCUCGCUAUCAGCCUCUUUUGGCUGGGGUGGAGCGACCAACAAAAUGUAUCCAUUUGGAGUAGCCUGGGCGCCUGUUUUGUCUUUGGUAUGGUCAUCAUCGCCAUCUACGUUGCUAGUUAUGAGUAUAUCAUUGAUAGCUACGGAGACCACGCCGCCAUAGGUUUAGCGAGUAUUACCAUAGUUCGCUAUUUAGUCGCUGGAGGAAUGGUCAUGGCUGCGCGUCCUAUGUAUGAAGGAAUUGGUACACAUUGGACGAUGACCCUCUUAGGGGGCGUCGCUGUGGUGUUGUUACCGGCGCCGCUUUUCUUUUGGCGUUAUGGGCGGAAACUUAGGGCUAGGAGUCCUUACGCGAAAAGUCCAUAAUCUUAAUUUUUAUAGCGGAAUGAAUUUCGGUUGGAAAUUAAGGUGUUCGCAGCUCCACGCCCAAGAACUUUCAGCUAUCAGGGAUCUAAGAGUUCAACCCUUCAGCCAGCUUUUCGCGUAC